ACAGUAGAGUAAAAUCUCCAGCUGUCCAAAACAAGCAAAACCGCACUCCCAAGUCCCACCAAUCAAAAUUCCCACCUGCAUCAAAAUAUCUUCUCCAGUUCGACCCCACAUCCGCCGUCCAUAACCAGCACCUGCUAUAAAUAUAAACCAGAUGUAUAUAUACAACAACAAAAAAAUAAAAAUAAAAUGACCCACAAAAAAUCAGUCCCAGAAAGAAAGCACGGUAGGAGCAGCAGAAGCAUCAUGUUGGCAUUUAUUAUGGUGGGUUAUUCCCUGGCCACUCAUUGCCUUCCCUGCUACGUUAUAAGAUUAACGUCUUCCUGCCUUUUGGCUGAAGUCAGAACUUCUAUUUUACCACCGUGUCUUGGAACAGGGGAUGGGACGGCUGAGGGCACUCUCCACCGCCUUAAGGUACUGCUGUUACUGUCACUUUACUGAUAUUUUUUGCACCUCCAUGCCAUGUCGGCCAGUACCUAUAUAUACUCAGCCUACAUUCCUCUGUCCUCUUUCACCGAAAACCCCCACCAAAAUCUUCCCAGCUCGUUCCGAAACAACUUCAGCAAAAACUCAAAUCCUUUUUUUUUUUUUUCCUUUUUGGUAGCUCAGUGUAUAAUGAACCCACACGAUCGAGAUGAGAAUUCAGUCUUUCCUUCAUCAAAUUCACCUUCCUCUUCCCCCCCUGAGAACCAGUCUUCUGAAGUUGUCCCGCUCUCGAUGGUCUCUCCUUUCGUAGACUUGGAAUCUCGCCAGCAUCUUCAAGAAAUCGUACCAGGUAUCUUAAGCGGAGGAACUAUUACGACCGAGGCUGCCCGGAGUUUUCCUGGGAUGCCUCAGCCUAUGGAGUGUCUGCAGGGGACUCCAGUACCGCCAUUUCUCUCCAAGACCUUUGAUCUUGUGGAUGACCCCGCUCUGGACUCCAUAAUCUCGUGGGGAGCCAGUGGACAGAGCUUCGUUGUGUGGGACCCCGUGGAGUUUGCCAGGAGAAUAUUGCCCAGGAACUUCAAGCACAAUAAUUUUUCCAGCUUUGUUCGCCAACUAAAUACUUAUGGGUUUCGCAAGAUUGAUGCUGACAAAUGGGAGUUUGCAAGUGAGAGUUUCUUAAGAGGGAAAAGGCAUCUGCUGAAGAACAUUCAGAGGCGCAAAUCCCCUCACUCCCAUCAACUUGGUGGCUCCUCUGGAUCAACUGGUGAAGCAGGCAAAAUUGUAUUGGAAGGGGAGGUAGAAAAAUUAAGGAAAGAAAGGAGCUUAAUGAUGCAAGAAGUCUUUGAAUUGCAGGAACAGCAGCUUGGAACAAUCCAGCAUGUGGAGGCAGUUAAUGAAAAACUCCAGGCAGCAGAGCGUAGGCAGAAGUUGAUGGUCUCAUUUAUGGCUAAGCUAUUUCAAAAUCCAGAUAUCUUGGAUCGCCUGAAGCAAAUAAAGGAGCAAAAACAAAUUACUUCUUCAAGAACAAUGAGAAAGUUUCUGAAACAUCAGCCACAUGAACCAGGUAAAGCUGAAUCAUUUCUGGAAGGGCAGAUUGUGAAGUAUAGAACAAAUUUUCGUGAUCUGGCCACACCAUCUGCUGCCCCUGAAUUCGAUCCAGGUGCAGUAGAACAACUUCCCGAAUUUACUUUGCAAGAACCAAGUGGAGGGGGAUUUUCAAGUCAGGGAACCGAAGAUACACUGCUCAAGGGGAAAACUGUAGUUCCACCAGAGGUGAUUCCUGAGUAUUUUGUUACUUCUCCUGAUGACUUGGCAAAGGAGAAGAACUUUCCUGAAUACUCAUCACCGGACAUCGAAAGUAUGCUCAAAGAACAGGAACCAUGGAGCAUGGAUUUUGAAGCUGGUGCUGGUGUUUCUUCUUCCAGCAAUGAGAUAUGGGGUAAUGCUGUGAACUAUGAGAUUCCAGAGCUAAUGGUUAGCAGUGGAUUGCCAGAUAUCUGGAAUUUAGGUUCUCUACCAGCAGCCGGAAGUUCAGGUGCUGAGAAGUGGCCAGAUGAUGAAUCUCCUUUCUCAAAGCUUGACGAUCAAGUCGGCCAGCAUAAAGAUGAAAGUUCUAACUUCUAAGAAACUAGAUCCAUAGGUUUCUUUAACGGCCUCUUGGGCCGACUUAUAGUUGAUUCUCGGAAAUUCAAUAUUGGACAAUUUAUUACAUAUUUGUUUGAUUGACUAUCAUGGAGAAAUUUUUUUUUUUCUUAACUGCUCCAUCAAAAAUUUUUUUUUUUUUUUUUAACUUUUAACAGCUGAUUUUGUAGAAUUCAUUUCCGCAUUCGAUUGACUGUGCACGUCUAGAUAGUAUGAUGAUAUGCUCAACCAUCCUUUCCUGCUAAUAGAUACUUGCAAGUUUGUGAUUUUGCAGGUUCAUAGCAGUACGACACAGGUCGCAGUGUAGCAGCCACUUUUUGAGGGUUUGUUGGAAUGUCUUCUGCUGCUUUGUCAAGCAAGCACUGGGAGUUGAAUGCGGAUGCUAUUUCUUCCGUUAGUGUUUGUCCGUGGAUUAUACACUCGCUCAGUUUUACUUCGAGGCGGC